AUGAAUGGAGAGGAAACUACUACUCAUAUGCUCCUUCAGUGCACCUUUGCUAGAAGUGUGUGGAAUUCCAUAUCUCAAGAAGUUGCUCAAGAGCUUGCAAAUGUUCAAGAUAUACAACAGUGGGUUAAAUCCUGGAGUGACACAAAUUCAAGGAUAAAUUUCAGAAAACAGUCAACCAUCAAUCUUAUUGUCAUUACUCUAUGGUUCAUAUGGAAGGCAAGAUGUGAACUGGUUUUUGACAACAAAAGAAGCUCCACCAACAGUCUUACCAACAAAAUUAGAGAUUAUUGCAGGGAGAAUAAAAUUCAAACUAACAAUAAUCUAAAUCAAGUGCAGGUGCUAUGCAACAACCACAACAGAACAGCUAGAAGCAGAACUAACAUAACCAGUUGGAACCCCCCUCAAAGAGGAUGGUUAAAAGUCAAUAUUGAUGCUUAUGUUCUUCCUGAUAGUAACAUUGCUGGAAUUGCUCUAAUUAUCAGAGAUGUUGCAGGUCAAUUCGUGGAAGCCUGGACAAUGGUAGAAAGAGUGAGAGAUAUUACCCAAGCAGAAGCUGUUGCAGCCUUAAAAGCUCUCCAAUGGAUAUAUCAGCUUCAACUGAAGAAUGUUAUAGUGGAAGGUGAUAAUAAAACAUUUAUGGACAACAUAAAUGGUCUCUGCAAUAUCUCUCCUUGGGAAGAUGGUAAUAUCAUUAGAGAAUGUCAGCAUCUAGUUCUUUGUCUAGGAAGUGUUGUUGUUUGUUUUAGGAAUAGAAAAGGUAAUCAAGUGGCAGAUCUAUUAGCCAAGUUCGCUAGGAGCAAUCUAUGUAGUAGGAAAUGGUGUGUUAAUCUUCUUGUUUGUGUCAGCUCUAAGAUGGAGUCCGAGAAAAUUUCAUGUACUGUGUAA